AACUCACCCUACGACAUGGUGCGGUCGGCUGUGUCUCCGACUGAUUCUGGUGUCCCCUCACUUACCUUCCGGUCGGUAAUCCUUGGCCUAUUCUUUGCAGCUGUCAUGGGUUUUACCGAUCAACUCAUGGUUUACAGGGAUACACCACUUCAGCUUACCAGCUAUGUGGUACAGAUUCUGUCGUUCCCACUCGGCUACUUCAUGUCGCGAAUUCUACCUACCCGGAGCUUUGAAACCUUUGGCUACACGUGGUCAUUCAACCCCGGCCGGUUCAGCAUCAAAGAGCAUGCCCUCAUCUCGAUAUUUGCAUCAUCUGCAACCAGCGGCAGCUAUGUCAUGAGCUCGGUCAUUCUACAAGACGUGCGGUAUGGCAACUCGUUAGGCUUUGGAGCAUCCGUUCUUCUUACUCUUUCGACGCAACUGCUGGGGUUCAGCUUCACUGGCAUUGUUCGCGAGGUCCUCAUUUACCCAGCGGCCAUGAUAUUCCCUGCAUCUCUGGUCAGCGUGACGCUUUUCCGCACAUUCCACGAUUCGACGUCAUAUAUGAACCAUGCCAAGCGAGUCAGAUUCUUCUGGAUUGCAUUCGCGGGCAUGUUCCUCUACAGCACGCUGCCUGGGUUUAUUAUGCCGAUUCUGGGUGCUGUGCCAAUUCUGUGCAUGGCAGCCCCAGAUAAUAUCAUUGCUCACCAGCUGGGGGGCGCGUUCCACGGGCUGGGUAUGCUUAAUUUCACAUUAGAUUGGUCGAUGGUCUCCAGUGGCUACUUUGGCCCUCCGGUCGCUAUUCCAUGGUACAUUGCCUGCAACAUGUUUGCUGGAUUUGUCAUCGUUUUUUGGCUGAUCGUUCCGAUAGGCUACUAUUCUGACACAUGGGGGUCCAGCAAACUUCCCAUCUACGCUAAUGGAAUGUUCCUUUCCAACGGCUCCCGCUACAACGUGUCGAUGGUUAUUGGCCCUGACGGAAAGCUGGACUCGGAUGCAUAUACGGCUUAUGGCUACUUGCGAGUUCCGUUUGCAGUAGCUGUGCAGAACUGCCGGGCGCUUAUUGCAAUUACGUCGCUGCUUGUAUACACAAUGCUUCACCACGGAAAGGACGUGUACCGCACAAUUUUCCAGGCUAACGAUGACCACGAUUACGACGACGACGAUAUCCAUGCUCGACUGAUGCGCCGCUACCCUGAGGUCCCUCACUGGUGGUACGCAGCUAUAUUCGUAUCUAUGCUCGCCAUGGGUAUCGCUGUUUGCGAAACCUACCACCUGCUUCCUUGGUACUGGAUGCUGUUGGGAACGAUCUUUUCGUUUACGUUCGUCAUUCCAAAUGGUAUCCUGAUGGCCCUGAGUAACCAACGGCUCGGACUAAACAUCAUUUCUGCGCUUAUUGCCGGCUACGGGAUCCCUGGAAACUACCUCGCCAACACCUUCUUUCGUGUCUACUCCCAUGUGCCUAUGUGGACUGCACUGAUUCAGAUCGGAAACCAUAAAAUGGCCCACUACCUCAAGAUACCGCCACGUCAUGUAUUCCUGGCACAGAUAUCCGGAAUAGUGGUCAUGGCGUUUGUGCAGAGUGGAGUCGGGACUUGGAUGCUGAGUACUGUCGAUGGAUUCUGCACCACAAACCCUGGCUGGUCCUGUGUCCAGAUCAACACAUACUACGAGUCAUCAGUCAUGUGGGGUCUAAUUGGUCCAGGACGCCUUCUCCAUGGUGGUUCCCCCUACGCACUCACCAAGUUCAUGUUUAUCAUCGGCACGAUAGUUCCUGUGCCCGUGUGGUAUCUGCAGAGGAAAUUCCCGGGUAGUUUCUGGCAUAAUAUCCAUCUACCGGUGUUGCUUUCCGCCAUGAUUCACAUGCCCGGUGCACCAUCAACUGUUAUGACUGGUUGGUUCUUGACCUGCUUCAUCUUCCAAUAUGUCAUCCACAAGUUCCACUAUAGGUGGUUCAAGCGAUUUGCAUUCACGCUAAUUGCUGCAUUUGACUCUAGCGUCACACUCUCC